CCUAACACAACUGCAGCUCCUUCACUGGAUGGACACCAUCCUCCUCAUCAUCAUCAUGAACGGGGCUCGCGCGCACACACUCACGCAUCCCUCAGAUCUGGGUGCUUGACUUUAAAAGACGAAAAAGCUCUGGGAUUCCCAGAGGGUUAAAACAUCCCAGGCGCGGGCACGACACCAGUUCAGCGGCGCGCGCGCUCUCGGCAGCUUCAGUUUGCGGAGAGGGACGCUCCUACACUGCCACAGCUAUGCCGCACCUAGCCGGGGCUUUUUUCCCUGCACGGAUCUACCUCAGGUGAUCAGCACGCGUCCAGCCUGUGCGUGUCCGCCGUGCGAUGCUGACGGCAUGUCUGCUCGUCGACGUGCGGCAUAGAGGAGCGGGGCGCGCGCACUUACAGCGGGCUGUUGCAGCAAGGCGGCAUCAUGGAGACUGGAUGUGUGGUUGCCGCGGUGAUUGAGAAUGCUGCCUCAGGACCCCAGGGAGAACCAGGAAGUAGUGACGUCCUUGAAGGAGAUAGGCUCCCAUCUGUGGACUUAGAGAUGAGCAAUGCCUUACUUCCAGCUACCAGCAGCACUCCUCUAGAAGAGAGGCAGCCACUAGAAACAUCCAAUGCCAUGGUGAGGACUGAUGACAUCACCGAGCUCCCCGCAGAGCCGCUCCUGCGCUCCUGCGUCAGUACAGCAAGCAUGAAGGUCAAGAACAUGAAGAAGUUAACGUUCCCCAGAGGUCACUUCCCCAGGUUGGCAGAGUGCGCCCACUUCCACUAUGAAACUGUUGAUUUUGGCAACGUUCAGCUGACCUUUGCAGAGGAGCAGAAUGAAGGGCCAAAGGUUGGUCUGGACUCCAAAGAACUAAUCCUUCUGAUCCAGAUCACUUGUCAGGGGCGAAGCUGGUUGGUAAGGAGAUCUUAUGAAGACUUCCGGGUGCUCGACAAACACCUCCACUUGUGCAUCUAUGACCGCCGUUACUCCCAGCUCACUGAACUUCCACGUCAAAGCACACUGACUGACACCUCUGAGUUGGUUGCAGCAAUGUUGGCAGCCUACCUGUCGCGUUUUUCUGCCAUCGCAGACAACAAGAUCAACUGUGGUCCAGUGCUGACAUGGAUGGAGAUUGACAACAAGGGGAACCAUCUGUUGGUGUCGGAAGAAGCAUCGAUCAACGUCCCCGCCAUCGCAGCCGCCCACGUCACAAAACGCUACACAGCGCAGGCGACAGACGAGUUAACCUUCGAGGUGGGGGACAUUGUGUCAGUCAUCGACAUGCCUCCUAAGGAAGACACGGGCUGGUGGAGAGGGAAACAUGGCUUUCAGGUUGGUUUCUUCCCCAGUGAUUGCGUUGAGCUCAUAAAUGAGAAGAUCCCCUCUAGUGUUCAGAGCACCAUCCCGAAACCAGUGUUUAAGAAACACGGGAAGCUCGUAACCUUUCUGAGGUCUUUCAUGAAGUCUCGGCCGCCGCCACAAAAGCUCCGGCAACGUGGCAUCCUCCGAGAGCGGGUGUUUGGCUGUGACCUCGGGGAGCAUCUCCACAACUGUGAACAUGAAGUCCCACAGGUGGUCAAGAGUUGUGCCGAGUUCAUUGAGAAGAACGGAGUGGUGGAUGGAAUCUACAGACUCUCAGGGAUUUCCUCCAACAUUCAAAAACUGAGGCAUGAAUUUGACUCGGAGCAGAUCCCAGACCUGAGCAGGGAUGUGUUCAAGCAGGACAUCCAUUCAGUGGGAUCCCUGUGCAAGCUGUACUUCAGAGAGCUGCCUAACCCUCUGCUCACCUACCAGCUCUACGACAGGUUCUCAGAAGCUGUGUCUGCAGCAACGGAUGAGGAGAGGUUGGUGAAAAUCCACAAUGUCAUCCAGCAGCUGCCUCCUCCACAUUACAGGACACUGGAAUUCCUCAUGAGGCACCUCUCCCGUCUGGCUACGUUCAGCGGCAUCACUAACAUGCACACCAAAAACCUGGCCAUCGUUUGGGCCCCAAACCUGCUCAGGUCCAGACAGAUAGAGUCGGCCUGUUUUAGUGGCACAGCUGCGUUCAUGGAAGUGCGCAUCCAGUCUGUGGUGGUGGAGUUUAUCCUCAACAACACAGAGAGCCUGUUUAGCGCCAAACUCAACACCAUCAUUAGAGAAAGCACUGGUAAAAGCACCUUAUCCAGACCAAAGUCCCUGAUGGUUUGCUCCCCUUCCACCAAGCUGUUGUCUUUGGAGGAAGCCCAGGCUCGUACCCAAGCACAGCUUGGUUCGCCGGCUACCACGCCCUGCCUCACCCACAGUGACUACAUUGAGGUCGGGGAGGGGCCUGAAGCUCUCCUCGGCAAGUUCCACACAGUCAUCGAGCUCCCAGUGGAGAGCACUAAGCGGCUUCCUGCCAAGGCUAAAAAAUCUCCUGUGGGGAACUGGCUCUCUUUUUUCCACCUGGGCAAGUCACACUCUGUGUCCAAGCGUAAACUGAAGCGACACCCCAGUGAACCAAAUGAGAUAAAGAGCAUUGCACUGCCAGGUGGAAGAGGACACAGCGGCACAUUGCGCUCUACGAAAAGUGAAGAAUCUCUCACUUCUUUACAAAAUUUAAAAGGGGAUCGCUCGAGUUACCGCCCUCUCCGACCUCGUUCAACAAGUGGGGCCAUUUCUCCAGUCAGCAGAGAAGACCUGCACAAGACCAGGAGAAAAGAUGACAUUGAAAACCCCCAACUAAAUGAGGAGCAAAGCGACGAAGAUCAAACCUGCACUGCAGGUGUUUCUCCUCCAAACAUGGAAGACGAUCUGGAUCUUUCCCCGCCAGCUACAGGCAUUUCUUUCCUAGACUUUGACCCCAUGAGUUUUCAGUGCAGUCCUCAGUCAGUAACGCCUGCUCUGCAACGCAACAAAGAUGGGAGUAAAUGGAGGAGAAAUGCAGGAUGUUCCAAUGAGUCUGAGCCUGUCUCCUCUCCAAACAACCUCGGUAGCCCGCACUCUCCAGAUGUCAGCCCUGUUCUUGGUAAAGAUAAGACUAAGCCUCCAGUGGCAGAUGGAAAAGAGUCCAGAGUGUCCUUUCAGCGGUGCAGCCCACACAGCUCUGCAAGUCAGAUGUCAGCCAUGACAGACAUCAGUCAGUCUGCACAGAACCUGCCCGAUCCAGGAACAGAUAGACUUAUGAGUUCAGUUUCUGUUCUUCCUCCUCAUCCUCCUUUGACGAGUGCUGCACGCAAGUUGGCCUUGGCCCUGGCUGAAUCUGCCCAGAAGGCCGCCAGUGGCCCCCAAAGAAAGAGCAACACCCCGCUGCAUCUUAUCCAGAGACAGGAGGUGCAUCACCCGCCUAGACCCUCAGUUCUGGACGUCAAAGGGUGUCCCCAGGAGUACUGCUUCCCUCGCAAGUCCCCCUUUUCCUCAUGGCAAAGCCCUUCGGAAGUGGGCUGCGGCCCUGACCCUGCUCAUUUUCAGCGUUUGCACCUUCGUUCAGAGCCGCUAAACGUCAGUGACAGUCAGGAAAGCACAUGUAAUUUCACUCCUAAUGUCAGUCCUCUUGGAUCAGGGAGCUUCGAUGAAGGGAGCACAGAGGGAAGGGAACAGAGAGACGACAAAGAGUCGGAAGAAGUCACACAUGGCAAGCACGCGUAUCACAGUGUUGGAGUUUCAACACCCUGUCAGCCCGUCUGCCCAGCCUGGAGCCCGUCAGCUUCUCCUAUAUACGCCAACACUGACUCUGUAGAUGCUUUUAAUUUCCGCGCUGUGCUAGCAGAGUCAUCAAUGCCAGCCUCCAUUGAGGAGGUUUUUCCUCGACAGUUACAAACCCCCUCUUCUCAUCUUUACUGCUUGGAAGGAGACAGAGUUCUGGAUGUCUUAACCCAUCAUGUAGAUGAUGCCUACAGUAAGCAUCGACCACAUCUUUAUCACUUGCCAAACUAUUCAGGA